AUGGUGAAGGUUAUACUGGUUACAGGCGUAUCCCGUGGUAUUGGGCUUGCAAUCGUGCAUAACUUGUGUUCUAGAGCAGGUGUGAUUGUUGUUGGCGCUGCGCGGACGGAACCCCCCUUACUGGAAUUGAAGAAAGCCUAUGGCGAUAAAUUUGACUAUGUAGUGGGUGAUAUAUCUAAUGGGGCAGUACCAGAAGAAUUGGUGAAAACUGCUGUUUCGAAGCAUGGUGCCAUCGAUGGAAUUAUCAUGAAUGCGGGUAUUCUAGAACCUGUACAAGAUGUGAAUCACUUGGAUGCGGAGGGUUGGAGAAGACUAUUUGAUAUUAAUUUCUUCAGCAACGUUGCAUUAGUGGGUCAUGCAAUGCCAUAUUUGAAGAAGGCAGCAGCUAACCUUGUUUUUGUGAGUUCCGGUGCCAGCGUUAAGAAUUACCAUGGAUGGGGAGCCUACGGAGCGUCCAAGGCAGCUUUAAACCACUUUGCAAGCUCGGUAGCUGUUGAGGAGCCAGCCGUAAGGACUAUAUCUGUUGCUCCCGGGGUUGUAGACACCGAGAUGCAACAUGACAUAAGAACCAAGUUUGCUUCUGAAGUUCCACCAGCAGUAUUGAAGAGGUUUACAGAUCUUAAGAAAAACAAUGAGUUGCUAGAUCCUGUGGUACCUGCCGGAAUAUAUGCAAAUUUAGUCAUUGAGGGCAUUCCCGAGGCCCUUAACGGUAAAUAUUUGCGGUAUAAUGAUGAUCAGCUUAAAGAAUUUUGGGCUUGA